AUCAAUUCACACUGGACAGCGAGUACAUCAAGCGCUAUCUCGGCGAGCUGACAACCAUGCAGGAGUCCAGACUACUGCAGCUAAGGAAAUGGAUAGCUGAAUUGCAAAAGGGCAAGGUGCCAAGUGACACGACCUUAUUACGUUUCCUUCGGGCUCGGGACUUCAACGUAGAGAAAGCUAGGGAGAUGCUCUCGCAGUCGCUUCUGUGGAGGAAGAAGCACCAGGUCGACAGGAUCCUGUCAGAAUACGAAACGCCCGACGUCGUGAAGCAAUACUUCCCUGGAGGGUGGCACCAUCACGACAAGGACGGACGGCCACUUUAUAUUUUGAGGCUCGGACAAAUGGACGUGAAAGGCCUGCUCAAAUCUAUCGGAGAAGAUGGACUUCUAAAGUUGACUCUUCAUGUUUGCGAAGAAGGGCUGAAACUACUCGAAGAAGCCACUCGUUCAUCGGAGCACGCCGUCCACUCGUGGUGCAUGCUGGUCGACCUGGACGGGCUGAACAUGCGGCACUUGUGGAGGCCGGGCGUGCGGGCGCUGCUCCGCAUCAUACAGAUCGUGGAGGCCAACUACCCGGAGACCAUGGGCCGCGUGCUCAUCGUUAGGGCUCCGAGGGUCUUUCCUAUACUGUGGACCAUCGUUAGCACAUUUAUCGAUGAAAACACGCGAAGCAAGUUCCUUUUCUACGGGGGCAAGGACUACCUUCAGCCGGGAGGUUUGCUGGACUACAUACCCAAGGACCUGAUCCCCGACUUCCUCGGAGGUCCUUGCAAGACGGAUGUGCUCGAAGUGUGGAUGUACGUCCCGUAUCGCUAUUACAACUACAGUUUCGUCCACGAAGGGGGUCUGGUGCCGAAGAGCCUGUACGUGAGCGGCGCCUUCACCGAACGCGAGGGAGACCCGCUCCGGGAGGACAGCAUCUACAGAUCCGUCAGUCUGGGCAAGGGACAGGUGCACGAGGUCGUCGUGCUCAACAAAGACCCUCAGAGCGUUCUAACCUGGGACUUCGAUGUUCUGAGACACGACAUAGCGUUCACCGUGUUCAGGAGUGAGCACGAGCUCCACAACCCCGUCGACGAGGUCAACUCAGCGUUGUGCGUAGGUGGCGGCGCGGACGAGGGCCGCUCCGUGCUCGAGCAGAAGGGUUGGCGCGAGGGGGAGCACUACCACCGCGUCGAGCCCACCCUGCUGUGCCACGACGGGGAGAGCAUACAGGGCUCGCACGUGAUGCGCUGCAGCGGCGCCUACGUGCUGCAGUGGCGCUGCGAGCUGCUGGACGCGCCGCCCGCACAGCUCGUCUACUUCCACGAGACGCUCGCCAGCCACCACUACAGAGGAUCCAUGUCGAGUCUGCAGUCGGGCGCCAGUGGGUUCUCGUGCCUCAGCGGCAAGUCCACCGGCAGCUCCUGUCCGUCGCGGUGAUGCGAGCCCCCGCCCCCCCGCGCGCCGCACUCCUCGCUCGCGGGCGGCCCCCCUCACGAGACGGGACACGGAUCCGACUAAAAACUAAAAAUAAAACAUUCGGAACGACAGUGCAAUGUUAAUUACUAAUGAAUUUUAACCCGGACGUGUGACUCCUCUGAAUCGUCUCACAGACACAGUCGAUGGUAAGUGUGGAGAAGAGAACGCCACGAACUAGACGCGGUGCCACACGACAAGGGGCGCCCGGUGCCGGCCUGUCAAUAGCUGCGAUAGUAGUAUCGAUUAAAAUUCUAAUCGAAUUAUUCAAAAUCGAUAUCUUAGUGAUUCAACAAAAUGACGCAAAAUUGUACCUCAUCGUGUGCGGCGGAACGCGCUCCAAGCGGACUCUGUUACUUGCGUAAUAGUUUAAAAGAAUAAUAUACUUAAUACUAUAUAGAUGAAGUAUGCUUCAAACCGAAAAUAAAAAAAAUAGGUAUCGAAUAGUAAUCGUUAGAUAAUUGUUAUGAAUUAAUUAUUAAUCUAGUUACGUGUGAUAUGUGUAUUAUAAUAAAUAAUAUAAUUAAUACAUUUUUCUUUUGUAUAAAAUAUGUUUUUUUUUCGAAGCAAUGCUUACUAUCAAGUACUUGUAUCGUUUGAAAAAAAAAACCAAAUUAUUUUACAUAUUACGUCGAUUUAAAAUUGAAAUGCUUUAAAAAUACAAUAUAUUUUUACUAAAAUAUUUUUAAUACGUUUACUUAUUUUUUUAAUGUAGCAAUCAACAUCAGUAAUUAGUAAAGGUGUAUUUAUUUAAAUUAGUGGAUUUUUUCAAAUUACACACACAAUACUGUGUAACAGUUACAAAGAGUUUUAUAUAGAUGUGUGUGUAUGUGUGUGUGAAGUUAUCAUUAUUAUGAAUAUUUUUUGAAGUUUUUCCCAGUCAUAGACAUUAAAAAUAUUUGUGAGUUGUUCGACUCAUGUUACCUGGACUGUGUCCCUAAGCACGGGCCGACGCAGAAGCCUCUAGAACUUUCAUUUAUAUUCGAUCUAAGUACAUUCUGUUAUAAAAAACGGUGCGCGUGCAAUUUGAUGCACGGGAAUGAAGUGAAACUUCUUUUUCGAUGUGUAGUAUUGUGGUUUUCUUCAUUUUUCAUCCUUAAAUCAG